AUGCCCUCUAGCGCCGAUUACGACUAUCGCCCCUACCUCGUCUCCGAUACGGUGUACCCCACGCUCCGUGAUGCGUGCGAAGCCAUGAAAACAAUCACGAAAGAGUACCCCCACACACGCAUGCACAUGGACCUGUGGGGUGUGGUCACAGCGUCGCGGGGCUGGCCGCCAGUCGGGUCAACACCGCGCGCAGACGAGCAGUAUGCGAAGCGGCCGCCCGAGUCGAAAGUCGAGCGCGAGGCGGCAGGGAAUCCGCCUUUCCGUGCUUAUCUGCAUGCGGUAGUAAGCGCGGAGGGGACGGAGGCGCACUUCCGCAAGCUGGCCCGGGACGGUGCGAUGUGCGGGCCAGUGGAGGGGAGGGAGCAGCACUCGCCGCGAUAUCUUGAGGCCGCGGAGUAUGCGAAGGGGCUGCCGGAUAGUGUGGAGGAGAGGUUUGAGCUGGUCGCGAAGGACAAGGAUGAGGGCGGACUGAGGGCGUGGCCGGAUGGACCAUGGGUCGAGCGUCCAGAGGAUCCCAAUGCCAGCCUGCCUGCGAAAGCGUACUCGACGCAAACACCCGACGGAACAAGUGAGGCAAGUCAGUAG